CCAAACCAUACAAUUAGUUUCAGCAGCAGGGGAAACCUGCACGCAACCGGCUUCUGCAAGAAAACAAAUACAAGAAGUUGAUGGCAGUUACCUUUCCGUGAUCGGCUAAGAAACAGUUUCUUUCGAUAAAUUGAAGCGUAUUGAUUUCGUUUUAAUUGAGUACUAACGCGCUCGUAAUUUGUGUUUUAAUUUUUGGUGAUUUGGUGUUUUUUUUUUUUUUUUUUGGUUGGAGUAGAUAUUAUUGUUGAACAAAAUGCCACCUGUCCGAUGGAAAUUGCUUAUAGUAACAGCGAUACUCUCACAGGUUCAAGUGGACGCUCACCAGAUGCAGGACUCAAUAUCCAUGUCUUCAGAUGGUUGGCGACCAAUCAUAGGUACUGGAAGACAAGCAACGAAGAAUAAACAAGAGAUAAAUCAAUAUGCUAAUCCUGAUAAUUUCGAAAUCAUCCCUGCUGAAGUAUCAAACAUUGAAACUACCACGUCACCUUUCAAGGUAUCAGGAUCCUCAUCAGCGACUCAUGCUACUAGCAGGCAAGGCGUGAAGCAGCAAUUUAAAACAACUAACCCAUAUUUUCUACCCCAAGAACAAAAAAGAACGGUCAAUCAGCAAUUUAAAAAAGUUGUUAAAAAGGUAGGAUAUGCUAAACCAAGAAAACCUAUCAGAGGACAAGUGCUUUCCCAUAGUAAUAGAAAUGAAAUAUUUGUGCCCGCUCCAUCACAAAACGCAGGUGGAUUUGCUCAUACAAAAAAUCAUCAAAAUAACAUAAAAACCAGAGAAGCACAAGGUUUUGGACUGAUAGGUAACAACUUUGGCAUAAGUCAGCAAAAUGCCCAUAUAGAACUAGCAAGAUUUCCUCUGACUGGUGAAAGUAUCCUGCAAAGACCAACAUUCUUUUUAGCAAGACCUUUGCAGAAUGAUGAAUUUACUAGAAACUUGGUUCCACCACCACGGAGCAGGCUUCCACAGCAAAAAAGUAAGGAUACUAAAAUUUCUUUGUAUGCAUUCAAGGAAGGAGGAGCCAUUACUGAUGCUACAGCAAACAUACCCCAGUUUGGGGGUAGACCCAAUCAAUUCUUACCUCAAGUCUCUCCAACUUUUGACUUUAACACCCAGCAACAAAAGCCGAUAAAGUCUCAACAAACAAAAGGAGCUGCGAUUGAUGUGCAGGUUACCAAAGAAAAUUUGAAACAAUACACCCAACAGCAAAAUAUAUCGCCUGCCGCUUUUGGAACUAUUCCCGGAAGAAACAAUUUCCCUAUUGGAUUUGUAGAUUAUGAGUUUCAGAAAAAUAGACCUCAAACUGCUCCAAAUGCGGUAACUUAUGAGGUUACCGAAGGCAAAUGGCUGGAUACAGUCUCGCAGCAAUACCAAUUCCAACCUCCAAAUCAGUUUAUUCAGUUCCAAAAUUACAGACAGCAGCCUACACAACAAAACGCUAGACCUGGUCUUUUAUUUCAGCCAAGCCCAAGUGGUUCCACUGGAAAUCCUCCAGUAUUUCAAGCCCCUUUAGUCGACAUAAAUGUUCCAACUUUCCUACCAACUCCUUACAAAUCUGAACCUGCCAUAAUACCGACUUCACCCACUCAAAGUGAAGUGGCCACCGUAUUCACGCAAGUCAGUAAAAAAAUGAAUAAAUAUAGGAAUCAGCAGUUGCAAGAAAAUCCUUUGAUCUUUGACAUUAAAGAGGUUUCAACGCAUUAUCCUAUACUGGGCACACCUAAUGAAGCGCAAUCUGAAGGUAGCACAGACCUACCAAUAAACGAAAAUGGAGAAAUUUCAAACGAAAUCACGACACCAAAAGAACAUCGUACAAGACGUCCUACGAAAGAACCCACAACAAAAUCAACUUCCACAAGAGACCCAACUAAAUCUCGAAUCAAUCGAAGGAGACCAAGACCCAGGAAACCGUCAACCACAACUACCACUGAAGAACCAGUGGUCGAAACCUAUGAACCUAUAAAGUCCCAGGAGGUUAUUCUCGAAGAAAGUGUUCCAAUUGAAAAUGGAAGGCCUCAGAAAAGGCGCAGGCCCAAACCCACAGCUUACAUACCCGAGUCAGAGGAAGAGAGGACGCCAGUAAAUGAGGCAGUUGAAGAGACAACUAGCAAAAAAAGGGGAAAAUACCGCUUUAGAAGCAGAGAUCGACCGUCCACAGAACGUAGUGAUACCAUCCAACGUAAACGUCUUAGGCCAGCUCACACGGAAAAUCUACUCAAAAACCAACAAAAACACUCUUUUGAUGAAACAACCGAAACUUCAAUUGAAUAUUCUUAUGAAAGGGACUCUCCUUCGUUGGAGCAAAGUUAUUCUCAAGAAUCAUCUCAAUCAGAUGAAAGUUCACAAAUUCAAAAUAACGAAAGUCAACGAUUUGAAAUGCCAACUCCUGUGCAUGAACAACAUGAAAACAAGCCAUUUAUAGAAGAAAUCGGUCCUAUCACAGAAAGAGCUCCUACAACAACUACAACGGAACAAGAAUCCCACACAAUAUUCCACAUACCUGAUAACAAUGAGGUUGAUUUCACAACUCAAGAAGUGCCAAAAGAUGAUUUUAUUACAACUACUGCCCAACCAACUGCAACCAAUGAAGUUAGUACAAUAAAAUCUACUAGAAUCAGGAAGCCUAAUAAAUUUGACAAUUCAAAUAGGCCUAGAUUCAGUGUGAAAGAAUAUAGGCAAAGGCUCAACCAAUACUCUUCCACGCCAGCUUCUUCCACAACAAAUAAAAGUACCCAAGAAAAUAACUUAAGACUUAGAUUUCCUAGUAGAUUAAGAACAAGGCCUUCAGCAACAUCUAGCACUAGCAAUCCAAUAAUUGAAGAUGUUAACAGUGAAGCGACUACAACAAGGUCAAGAUUCAGGCCGAAAGAUCCAAGGCAUCACCAAACGAAUACGGAAAUUGAUUCAGAUGAUGGUAUUACAGAAAACAGUAUCAAAUCAGUGAACCCUAAAUUCCGGUCUUUUGGAAAAACAAAAACUACAACAGAAGCUACAACUCCUUCCUCUAAAAUUUCUAUAAGACCAAAUUUAUUUUCCGCUAGAAGACGGGCAGGCUAUCCAAGUUUGAAAAAUCGAAUUCAAAAUAGAUUGAAUAAGAAAAACGAUACCGAUGAAGAAUUACAAACCACCACAGAAAGUGAUGUGAUUGAAGAAGUCGAGCCUUUAAAUGCAGCUGAAUCUGCUACAACUGAAUUAUCAACGUCUACAAAUGGUGAAUUCGUUGUGGACGUUAGUCAUACACAAGAUAUGAAAAAUGAAGACUUUCUCUAUUCACAGAGAGUUUCAGAUUUAACGUCGUCGUUUAAGGAUUACGAUAAACCAGGUUUAUUUAACUCUGUAUCUCCAACUAGUAGAAGUAUUCCAAAUUAUUUUACUAUAUCUACGGAUGAUCCUAUAUUACCUAUUGAGGCAUUUUUUCCUAAACUAAAAGAAAAAAAUAAAGAAAGGUAAAAUAAAGAGUAGAAAGUAUUUUGUUUAUCCUAAAUUAGACAUUCUAAAAUAUGUGUGGGAGGAUAGUACGAAGAUGUAAAAAUAUCCAAAAUUAACUACUUGUUGUGCGUGUGUGUGUUUUCUUGAUUUUUAAACAAAUGACAAAAUUUCAGAAUAACUGAUGUAAAAUAUUUUUAAUUAUUUCAGUGUACCUAUUUCUCUCAGAAAAUUUGCUGACCUAAUUAAUUCUGACAAGAAAUAGGUAACUGAAAGAAUUUCGGAAGUUGUGCCUGUUCUGACAAUAAUUUUAAAAUAAUUGAGAACACAUUUUGAGUGGUGUGUGAUUUUUGUUCAAACUGACGAAAAAUUAAUACAGGUACAAAUAAUUUCUAAAUAGUGAGAGCAGUAUUAGGUUUAGUUAAUUCCAUUUUAGAUUAUUUUUAUAAAACUUUUGAUACCAAAUAAAUCAUUAUGUGCAAUUUUUAUAAAAUACAUUUCUAUUUAUUAUCAUUAGAUUUUUACAUAAUUUAUUCGGUUUAUCUAGGUUGGUUAUUUUACUGAGCUCAGUAAAAAUUAAAUUUUUAUAAAAUGUAAUAUAAAUUUG